AGCGCGUGGGCGGCCUACCUAUUCAUGAUGGAGUUCGUCUAUAACUCAUCAGUGCACCGCUCGACGGGCGAGUCGCCGUUCAUGCUGCUCAUGGGCUAUCAGCCGCAAUCAAUGCUCGACCGCGCGAACGAAAACUCCACAGGGAAGGACGGCGCCUCUCGACUCACCGAAACUAAGGAAUUCUUCGCCGACUUGAGGAUUAGGAGGGAAGCUGCUCGCGAUGCGAUAGCGGCCGCCCAGGAUGAGCAAGCGCGAGCCUACAACAAGGGCCGGCGGCCUCCUCCUGCCUUCAAACAAGGGGAC